AUGGCACAGUUACCUCCAAAAAUACCACCACCAUCAAAUUUCACCUCCACCACCACUAGUGACAAACAACAAUUGCCAUCAUGGGUUGACGAGUUCCUCGACUUCUCGUCGUCACGACGGGGUUGUCACCGGAGAUCGGCGAGCGACUCGGUUGCCUUCCUCGAGGAAUGCCGAUUCUCCGAUGACGGUGCUGCGACGGCGAGGACCACUGCCCAUGCAUUCCACGGGUUAGAGGAUGACCAGCUCAUGUCCAUGUUCUGCGACGACAUUGCCUUGCCUCAAACGCCGUCGUCGCCAUCAGAGCAGAAUAGCAACAACAAUGAGAAGCCUAUGGCAUUGGACGUCGUCGUUUCCAUGCAAUACCUUAUUAAUCAGCCUAAAAAUGAGGCCUGCGAGAUGGAAAGCUCAUGCCAAAGUGACUCGGCGACGCCACCUUCCCCUACCCCAACAAGCACCGAAACUAUCCUAGAUCCCAAAAGAGUCAAAAGAGUUUUGGCUAACCGGCAAUCAGCUCAGAGGUCGAGGGUGAGAAAGCUACAAUACAUUUCUGAGCUUGAAAGGAGCGUCACAAGUUUGCAGUCGGAGGUAUCAGCAUUGUCGCCACGUGUAGCAUUCUUGGACCACCAACGUUUGAUUCUUAAUGUGGACAAUAGUACCUUGAAGCAACGGAUAGCUGCCUUAGCCCAAGACAAGCUUUUCAAAGAUGCUCGCCAAGAAGCAUUAAAGAAGGAAAUAGAUAGACUGAGGCAAAUCUAUCAUCAGCAAAACCAACAGAAGAUGGGAAACAUGGUCAAUAAUAAUGGCAAUUCUAUUCAUUCUCCAUCACCAUCACAGCCACAACCAUCAUUGCCACCCUUUUCUGCAUCAGCAGCUAACAACAUUUCAGCCCUUCGAAUGUAA